CGCUUAGCUCUUGAUCUACCAGUCUGCGAGGUGUGGAGGUCCAGGAUGUCCAUUUUACAGAAGAAACUGAGGCUCCUCUAGGCACAUGGGACUUGGCACCCCCACCCCAUACACGUGCACACUCCUACCCCUCACCUCCAUUCUGAACCCCACCUUCCCUUUGAAACCUUGAGAUCAUGCUUUCAGCAGCCACGCACCAGGAAAAAGCCUUGCAGAGCAGCACCUGGGAGAGACCAAAGGCGGUCAUUUUGCCCAGCAGGACUCUCCAUAACCCUGUCUUGAAAACUGAGGCCUUGAAAGGCAAAAUGUCUGUCCUGAGUUGGAAACGCACUGCUCUGGGCUCAAAAUGCAUUCUUCCCCACGGUUUCAUUAAGGGAGGGGUGUUGUGGACCUCGGCUUACCACCGGAUCCCCAAGACCCAGUGCCUGGUACACAGACCCUCUACAGAUAUAUUUUGGAAAAAAAUGCAUAUAGAAGUAGCUCAAUACACAAUCUGUUAACUGAACUAUGAACCAUUAGGAGCUCUGUUCCUGAACAAGAUGGAUUUGGCUCCGUCCAUCUCAGAACCUACAUUCUAGAGAGAUUGAGAGAGAUCCGAUAGGUUAUUACAUGAACAAAUACACCAACAAGGUCCUUCAAGGCUUGACAAGGAUGCAAAAGGAAUAAAAUAAGGAGAAUAAGAUAGGGGGUAGCAGGUUGGAGGAGCGUCUUUAUUUGGGCCGUCAUGGGAGGUAGCAUUGAAGAAGAAGCCACCUUGGGUCACAGAUGGGAAACCUGAAGCCCAGGAGGGAACUGGGGACAGAUGGAGGUCACGGAGUGUAAAUUGUAAGGCCUUCGGCAGGGUGGGGCUCUCUUAGAUCCUGUGGUCAGGGAGGUCCUCUGGUCUUUAGAGGAAGAUUGAGCUGAGACCUGAAUAACAAUAUGAGGGGGCCCUCAGGCUUGCAGCGGGACUCCAGGAGAUUAGCAUGUGAAAUUCCCUCAGUGUUGGGCUGAGGACGCAGCCGGCAGGCCAGAGCCAACUGACCCUGGCCCUGACCUCUGGGGGGUGGGGGGGGGGGCUUGUGUUAGGGAGAGGGGAGAUAGGAGAGUAAACAAACAGUUCUAGAUGGUGAUGUGGUCGGUGCCAGGAAGAAAAGAAAACUUACAAGGUUGGAGGGUGGGGCAGGGUGUUGAUGCCACUUCAAAUAGCGAUCAGAGAGCAGCUUUGACAAGGGAAGUUGGAGGAGGCCCCAGCGGAAGGAGGCUAUUGGUUGGCUAUUUGGUUUUAAUGGCGAGUCCAGGUCUAGGAGCAGAGUCAGUGUAUAUGAUCAUGACCCUCCAGGGCUCCAAAUCCUCCCAAGGCUUCCGUCUCAAAAAACCCGAAGACUUUAAAGUGGUCAAAAGAUGUCCCUGGAGCUGACCUUGUUUUCUCACAGAACUCCGUCAAUACAGAACUUAAUUUACAGAACUCCUCGAAUACACAGGCCUGGCAUGGGGAGAAAACUGAGGUCCCAACCCCACCCCAGUAAUCCUGUCCCUUUAUAACCCUUCCUAGCUCCGCGCCAGCCCCCCAUGGCACUUGUGAACAGCACUUCAUAUUUCAGUUUAUCUUCUGGAGACUCUGUCUUUCAGAACGAAUAACCUGCAAGAGGUCAGGGUUAUUGUCUGUUUUUCUACCCUGCUGCAUCUUAGUGCUUAGUCCAGAACCUGGCACAUAGUAGGCGCUUAACCCUUGUUUACGUAAGGAAUUUUUAUUGUAAUGCAUUCAGUGGAAUAGGUCAGAUUACUAUCAGGCGCCUAGCUAGAAACUUGGCCCCUACCAUUUUCUCGCUUGGGGGUGUGAGUGGGCAGCUUGUGCCUCAGUUUCCACCAGCCCGGGAACGGGGUCAGGAAUAGCUGUUUGUGCGUGGUCGCGUGAAGUCUUAUCUUUAAAACAUUCAAUCGUUCAGCCAAACGCAGGGGUCACGGUCCUGAUUGAGUUUGGCUGAGGGCGGGGCAGUCCUCUCCCGGCAGGCCCCGCCUCGGUGGGCGGAGCCACGGGCCGGGCCAGCACGUGUAAGAGUUCGCUGCGGGUCGCCGCAGUCACUCACCUGGGCGCCUCGGUCUGAGCGCGCACGCCUCGCGUGUCCUCCGCCCGCCAUCCGCCAGUCCGUCAGUCCGCCUGCCCGCGACCCAUGUCCCGCCGCAAGGCCGGCUGCAUGCCUCGCCGAAUAGAACCCUCGCCCGCCGCCAACUCAGACGACGAGAUGGAGAUGCGAGACCUCGUCAUCGACGUGAAGCCCGAGCCGGACCCGCGGCCCCUGCAGGCCCCGGGGUUAGGGCCCUUGACCCCGAAGGAAGUGCCCGCACCAGAGCGGUUCGAGAGCGAACCCCGCCACUGCGCCGGCCCCGUGCCCGCCGGCGGCCUCAUCCACGCCCUCAGCCUGAGCAACCAGUGUUCGCCGUGGACGCCGCUGUCCCUGAGCCCUCACGACCGCCAGCCGUGGACCGACAAACAUCCAGAUCUGUUGACCUGCGGCCGCUGCCUGCAGACCUUCCCGUUGGAGGCCAUCACUGCUUUCAUGGACCACAAGAAGCUGGGCUGUCAGCUCUUCAGAGGCCCCAGCCCCUGCCAGGGCUCAGAACGUGAGGACCUGAAGGCCUUGAACUGCCUCCGCUGUGGCCGACAGUUCACGGGAGCCUGGAAACUGCUGCGCCAUGCCCAGUGGGACCAUGGACUGUCCAUCUACCAGACGGAACCUGAGUCCCCGGAGGCCCCACUGCUGGGCCUGGCUGAGGUGGCCGUGGCCGUGUCGGCCGUGUCAUCGGUGGUGGGGCCCGAAGCCGAGGUCAAGGGCUCCCGGGUGGGGUCCACCCGGCGGAGCCCCACCUGCCCCGUGUGUAAGAAGACCCUCAGCUCCUUUAGCAACCUCAAAGUGCACAUGCGCUCGCACACAGGCGAGCGGCCCUACGCCUGCGACCAGUGUCCCUACGCCUGCGCCCAGAGCAGCAAGCUCAACCGCCACAAGAAGACCCACCGGCAGCUGCAGCCCCAUAGCCCCUGCCUGGCUGACACUGGCCAGGAGCAGGCCUCCACCGCCCCUCCCGAGCCCGCCGCCCAUGCCGCAGCCCCUGCCAGCGUCCUCCCGUGCAGAGGAGGAGAGGGGGCUGGGGCAGCCGCCAUGGCAGGGGUCCAGGAACCCGGGGCUCCUGGCGGUGGGGCUCAGGCAGGCCCUGGUGGGGACGGCUGGGGCCCUGAAACUAAGGAGCAAAGAACGGACCCGGAGAAGAACCAGAAGACGUCACCCAAGAAGCCGCUGAAGCCAGCGGGCAAGAACCGGGGGCCGGGGCCUGGGGGCAGCUGCGAGUUCUGCGGGAAGCACUUCACGAACAGCAGCAACCUGACAGUGCACCGGCGCUCACACACGGGCGAGCGGCCCUACGCCUGCGAGCUCUGCUCCUACGCCUGCGCCCAGAGCAGCAAGCUCAACCGCCACCGCCGCAUGCACGGCCUGGGGCCCAGCGGGCCCCGCUUCGCGUGCCCCCACUGCUGCGUGCCCUUCGGCCUGCGGGCCACCCUGGACAAGCACCUGCGGCAGAAGCACCCCGAGAUGGCUGGGGACGCCUGAGCAGAGGGAUGCCCCCCUGCCGUCCAGGGCACUACGAUUACCCACCUUUGUGACCUCCUAUCCUUCCCCCCAGCCCAUGAGUAAAGCCUGCCCGCAGCUA